CACAGCCAUCGGCCAAUUGCAAUUCUCAUAUCCACGUGACCUCAUGGAGGCUAAACUCAAGGCACUCAGAGUCGUCGACCUCAGAGCCAUCCUCACAAAGGCUGACCAGUCUGCUCCUGCAAAAUCCAACAAACAGGAUCUUAUUUCUCGCAUCAUAGCUUCGGAACAGGCUACUGCGGUGUAUCAUGCAGAGCACGGUGCUCCAGAUGACUUGUUAGCCCCCCCAGAAGAUGUCGAUUGGACGGCGGAGGAAGCUAUUGCAAAGUCUGCGGUAGCAACAUCAGAAGUCGCCGUCAAACCUCUUUCCAAAGCAGUAGAUCCUCCGACAGCAGCGGCAGUGCCACCAUCGUCAGUAGCAUCGUCUCAACUUCCGGAGGCCUCAGCGCAAGUCGAUCCUGAAGAAGAGAAGCGAAGAAAACGCGCUGAAAGAUUCGGAAUUCCCCUUGUCGAGUCCAAAAAAGCCAGACUAGCUGCCCAACCGCCAGCUGACUCUGAAGCACUCAAGGCACGCGCUUCUCGCUUUGGUAUCAAGACGGAUGGCACCGGAAAACCUUUAGACACGCCUCAAUCUGGACAUAAGCGCGAUCUUUCUGCUACGGAACAGAUUGAUCCAGAGGAACUCGAACGUCGAAAAAAGCGUGCGGCCAGGUUCAACGUGGGAGCUCAGGCUCAAGGUUCUGUUGACCCAGACGAACAUAAUAGACGAGAACAACGUGCUGCACGCUUCGGUAUAAAACCAACUGCUUAGUUUUCGUUGCAUGCCCCUUUUAUUGUUGUGCUUAAGCUAGAAAAUAUUUGUUAGACUUCAACAGUAUGGAAACUACAUACGUUAAUGUUCCAAAAACUUGGGGUAUGAAAACAUUGUAUAGUUUAGCAAUAAAGAGUAAUGACCAGUAAAGCCGAGCGAGAGAGAA